AUGGAUGCUCGCGCAACCGAGCUCUGGUCACAUGCUCCAAGCAUUGUGGAGAAGUUAGCAGUGGCCAUCAAGCAGCCCAGUGCGGCCGCCAAAGACGACCUCUUGAGCGUUUUGGGCAUCGAUGGAUCUUGUGCCCAGGUCACCGUGGAGGAGACCAAAGCUGGCAUUGAGGACUUUGAAUAUGCUCUUCAGGCAGCGGUCCUCCAGAGGCUUGAGCAGCCGGCCAAUGAGAGGGAGGUGCCGCGCAUCAUUGAGCUGGCCGCAGAUUGUGUUUGUGCGCUCUACAAGCGUGCCAGCGUGCCCGAUGUCUCGGCAUCGGAGACGGACAGGUGCAAAUCUUGGUGGAUGAUGUUUGUUCAGAUCACUGAGGAGACCACCAAACUUGUCUCACUGGUGCAACUGGAGCGUCUAGUGGAGGUCUUCGAAAAGAGCUUAGUGAAGCUUCGGAAGGCGUCCUUGGCGCUGGCGGCGCAGCGAUUGAAAGAGUUUGACGCGAGACACGAGGCUGAAGCCAAGGCGUUGAAAGAGGCCCAGGAUCCAAGUAAGAAUGAAAGCAAGUUGCAGAAAGAAUUAAAGGACCGAGAAGUAAAGAGAUUAGAUGAACGAAAGAAGCUCAUAGCGCAGUUGGGGGUGUCUCCAAAUGGUCACGUCUUCUUGACCCUCACCUCCCUUCUGAAACAGCUGAGUUCACGCCUUGCAGGCUCCUUCAACUCGAGGUUGCGCACCAGGAUCUCACUGCUGUUAGAAAGGCUGCUGGCGCUGGACCAUAAAGCUAUUGCAAACAAUCAGAAAGUGCGAACGCAGGACUUUGUUUCCUGGCACCUUGAGAUGCGUCACUGCUGGGUCCACGGAGGUGUGGGAGCUGAGUGUCAGAUGGAGCCAGCCAGUUUGGGCCAUGAUCCCGCCAUCAAUUUUGAGACCUACAAGAGCUUUUGGUCUCUUCAGGAGUGGCUGCAAGUGGUGGAGAAGUUGUUCGAGAAACCUGAAAAUUGGAAGCAAUUCCAUGGCACCCUGACCGGGCUUCUGAACCAGUUCUCGAAAUACCCAGCUUCAGCCGCACAACGCGAACCAGCACAAUCCCCUGAGUCACUGCCUCCACGGCAAGUGCCACGAGCCCGUGCUUUCCGAGUGCAGAUGGAUGACCCCAACUUCCGCAUCCAGUUCCUGACCCAGGUCCUAAUAGCUUUCCAAGCCUUGGAGCAAGAUGUGUCGAGCCGCACCCGCCAGGGGGGUCUCAUCUCAACGCAGACCAAAGAGGUGCAAGAAGAGUUAGCAGAACUGCGGCGUCACAUCCAACGAUGCCUGGCCAAGACCCGGAAAGGUUGCGAUGAGAUGGUUACACACCUACUGGGCAGAGAGGUACACUGGGUUAACUGGAAGGGACAAGGCUGCCGCGAAUGGGAGCACGAAAGCUUGGAAAUGCUCACAGGGAAGGCGCCAGAUGUGGAUCCUCUGCCAGAAACCUUCACAGUGUCGAUCCCUGCGUAUACCAAACCUAAACUGGACGGCAGCGUCAAAGAGAUCCUCAAAGAGGUGAAGGACUACCAGCUGCCUGUCAUGGAUAUUUUGCGCAAGGAUAGUGAGGGCAACCCGGAGCCAUGUUCCAAAGUGAUGCGAGAACUCUGCGAAAGGGCUCUGGACCGGCACGAGGAGGAUGAAGAUCCCUCACAGGGAAUUGAAGAGGAGUACAAGUCCAAGCACAACAAGACCUUCAUGUGGCAGAGCCGUCGCCUGUUUGGGCGUCACCAUUUGCGCGUGUACACCAGGAAGGAGGUCUACGGCAAGACGGAUUUCAUGGACUUCCUUCGCUCGGCGCGGAAUCGCACCCCUCCGCCUGCGGCAGCGCCGCCGGAAAAAGCGGAAGGGGAGGCGGUCACGGGGGUCACGGCGGUCACGGCGGUCACGGCGGUCACGGCGGUCACGGCGGCCACGGCGGCCACGGCGGUCACGGCGGUCACGGCGGUCACGGUGGCACAAGAAACGGGUCAAGCAGAAGCUCAAGCAGAUUCAGGCACAGCUCCAGUCGCAGCGGUGGAGGAGGGGAUGGAAGAGAAGCCCAUGCCGCAGACGAUCCUUGAUGAUGGCUAUGGACCCGUUUCUGAGACACAGGUGGCCGAGCCUCCCACGAAGAAAGCGAAACUCAGUGAAUCGCUCCAAGCCGAGGAGAUCCCCUAGGAGUUGGGGGUCAGACUCCAGCUGUAAACAUCUGCGGCUUGUCAUAG